AUGUUGAUGGCAUCAAAGGGGCAUUUCUUGGGGCAGAUACCGCAUCCAAUACACAGUCGCUCGGAGAUGAAGGCGAUCUUGGACGACGAGUCUACUUCGAUGCACAGUUUGCCGGUGCGCACCACGGGGCAGGACUUUUUGCAUUCUUGUCGACAUUUCUGGGCGGGGUUAGCAGAGUGGUAA